CGGAAUGCUGAUGAUGUAAAAAUAUUAUUACUUCUUACAGAGAUUCACCCUAUCGGAAGACAAAAGUUGGUUUGAUUCGGUGCAGUCUACUUAUUUACUUCCUUAGUAUGCCCACCUUUGGCGAAUAUCAACAUUCUAAAUGAAGUGCAUACCUUAAAUAUGACUAAGUAUCCAUAUUCUUUUUUUUCUUUCAUAAAAAUUAUUGUCCAUCUUCUGAUGACAAACUGUUUGCUUUAUUAAGAACAAUACUCGUUAUUUGCUUGCAUUAAGAAAUACUGCUAAUCUGUUUGUUACAAUGUGAGCCAAAUAAUCAAUACUCUAGUUCAUAUUGACAACCAAUUCUAACGUACAAAAGAUUAUUUUUAUCCAGCCUUAAGAAUAUAUGUAUCAGUAAAUGAGUAUUGUUGACAUUUAAGUCGGUAAACUGACGAUAUUGACAGUUUUUGGACUGCUUUGAAUAUUAUAGCGACAAUACACACUUCCAGCCCAAGAAAAUAAUGACUCACUUUUGAAAGUAAAAUUGAGCUUAACUGUUAGAAAAAACCAAUCACCUUAACUUUGUUCUUCCUGGAAUGAAACAUAAAUGUUACUAAGACUAAUUUAUUCUUUUAUUUUGCAUAUGUUUUAUUAGUCAUUCAUCAUUCGACUUUCUUUUCUGUCGUUUUUAUGUUUCCUUUUUUGUUUAAUGAGGCUAACUUCUAAUUGUAUGAUUUAUCUAUUCUUAUUUGGCGCCGUUCUUAGUUUUGGUUCGAUAUAAAUUAAACGGAAAUUAUUAGGCCAUUGAACCUGUCAGUGAGAAAUGUUGUAUUUUGUUUAGUGUGGAUGUCGAAUAUAGUGAAGGUCAUUUGACAGAUAGCUCAAUGCUUAUUGGGUAAUUCAAAUGUAAUGGUGCGUGCAUAGAGAAAGGUGUACACCCACGCCCUUCACACUGUAACUAUCAUCAAUCAUGCAUUUUCAGAUAGUAUUUUGUGAAUGAAUUCAUCGUGGUUCAAAGCACGCAAUGAGCUACAGUAUUUUCGAUGAAUGUGUUUCUUUAAAUAAAAAGCAGAUUUACUAUAUUGAAUUUGGUCUGUGCACAUGUGUUGAUAUGUAGACAUUAACGUAUAUUCUCCACCGUCUUCUCUCUGUCUGACACACAGAAGUUGUUCAUCAUAAAUUUAAGUGACUGAAUGACAUGUGUGCAAUCUGUCAACAGGAGAAACAAAAAGGAAAUGACAAGUUAUCAAGCAUACAUAUAAUUAGUCAGAACAAGCGGCAAUAUGAUAAACCGAUAAUGCCUAUGUACAGACGGAGAUACGGGUACAUGCACACACAUAUAUACACUCAGGAGUCAUAAGCUGCUAAUUAACAUUUAAUUAAACUGCUCCAUGCAAAUCAACCAAACCACACUGAUAUACAUAUAACAUCUAAUAUUUUUAUAUUCGCCUAGUAUACUUUACAUUAUCAUAUGAUUAUGCCAUGCGUGGAAAUUCUUUCGCCUAUAAUUAUGGAUACAUCAUCGUCAACAAAUCAAAUUAAAAACUGUAAAACUAUUGAUUUUUGUCUUACCGAAAACAAUCCCAUAACUAACUCACCACCUAAUCUCGAAAGUUCAGAUCAAAUGGGAUCCGGAUAUAGGACAAACAACAGCAGCAACACUAGUAAUAAUAACAACUGUGGUACGAAUAAUUCUUCUAAUAUGCAAACUGUUUCCCCCGAUUUACCACAGUCAGCAUAUCCUAUGGUUAGUACACCUCAGCCUCCUCCACUGGAUUUAUCUAAUCUACCUAAUUCGCCGAACAAAAUACAGAACAUGGAUUCAAUAGAAGUUUUAAGUGACAAAACCCAAACUUCGCCUAAGCUGGACUCAUCGCCACCGAAUACAACUACAACUGUUAAUAAUAUAACAAAUAAUGGCAAAGUUGCAUCUGUGAACACUAAUUCGAAUGCUAAAUGUGACAUGAAUUCAACGCCACAAGACAUAAAUUCACUCGUGCCUGCAUUAGAAAAACUUGUGAACGUUGACUGGACUGAAACGUUGAAGCAAUAUAACGAGUCACAAACAACAAUGAAAGGGAAUACAAAUUUGUCACCUUUAUCUAAUGAAAUAGAUUUAACUAAAAUAUUAGAACACAACAAUAACUACAACAAUAAACCGAUGAAUGAACAAUGGAACAGAAAUCCUAAUAUGUCAUCUCCAGACUUCACAGCACGUUUUCAAGCAAUGUUGUCUAAUUUAAGUGAAUUCUUGUUUAAUUCAUCACAAGCGUCAAAUUUUUCCAAAAGUCCAACAUCUGAGAGUUUCAGUUAUUCAACACCAUCCUCCUCUUCUGCAUCCACUACCGCCUCUGUUUCAACAUCUGCCUCUCCAGUUAAUCAAAUGAUGAAUUCAGAUAAGUUUAAAUCUGAUAAUCGAUGUUCACAACUAACAGGUCUGCCAAAUUCUAUUUAUCCACUAAGUUUUAUGGGAAAUCAAAUGGAUUGCAAUAUGUUUAAUUCUAUUGACUUUAAUUCAACUAAUCCAUCAUUGGCUUUGACAGCUUCUUUGCUGAGCUUGUUGGCCAGCAGUCAAAAACAGAACACGUUUCCUGAACAAUCAACACCUCCGCCAUCUUCCAAAUAUUCAAAGUGUCCAGUAUCUUCACCAAGAUCCUAUCCAUCUCCAACUGUCUAUUCGCAACCAUUUUUGGGGAACACAUCUUUAUUCCCACCGCAGGUGUCACCAAAUUUUUUGCCUCCUUCAGUUUCCUUGCCACGUCCAUCACUUCAGAGUCCCAUGACUUCCAAUCCUUCUAUGCCACCAACAUCAUGCCCGAUAAUAGAUAUGCCUAGCUUAAACGAGCCUAAACUAUCUGAUCCUCGUGACUUACUAUACCAACUUGGUCAACAAUUAAUGGCUAUGGCAACAUCUUCUGGUAUUGAUGGCAAUCAGCCUAAUCUAGAUUUAUGGAAUACCAACAAAACAGACAGUAAAUAUAAUCCACUAUCUUUACCAUCAUUUAACACUUCUGCUAAUUCUGUAUACCUUCAGCCUCCUACUGUCCCAAACACAGGUUCUCUACCUCUCCAACCUGGAUGUCAGUCUUCAUCUUUGUUACCAUCAGUGUCGACAGCAUGUGGGAUGGAGAAGAAUUUUUCACAUCUUCCUCCUACAUCUCAACACCAUUCAAGUUCAAACACAGGACCAUUUAGUGGAAUAUCAAUGCGUGGUAACCAAAAGUAUAGUGCUUAUUAUCAGCACCAAAGAAAGCAGGGCUUUCAAGCAAGUGGACUAAAUGAAUGCGUCAGUAAUACAGUUGGUAGGCGUCAGAGGAGCUCUCUUAGCCCUAUGUCAACGAAUACACGUUACGCUGGACGCCGCUUAAGGAGUGGACUAAAUAACAGUCUUUUAGCCGGUACAAAUUUAGAGAUGAGAAAUUUCCAACGUUUCCCACCUAUAAGAAAUCAAGCAGUUUCAACAGUCAAUACUACUAAUAUCUCUUGCAAUAGUAGUAGUACGAGUGGAGCAAUUCUUGGCAGUACCAGUGGGAGUAAUUUAUGUUCAAAUUUUCGUGGAAAUACGCCCUACAGAAUGAAUAACAUGGUAAACAGUACUAGUGGUCAUGUAUUAAAUACCACCAAGUCACAGCUUCACACAGAAAAUAUAAACUCAUCUGCCCAUGGACACGUUGGUAAUAACAACAACAGUGGUAAUAAUCCCCCUCAGCAAACUACACGUCACCGUGAAACAGCAUUUGUUUGCAGCUGUGGUAAGGACUUCGAAAGUCUUUACAUAUUCACUUUACACAUGAAAGAUACUGGGCAUAAGCCGAAGUGCGAUCAGGCUGAAAAAGAUAUACCUAAACUUGUUAGAGGUCAAGAUAUGUGGAUUAAUAGCGAAACGGAACAGACACGUGAGAUACUUCGUUGUAUGCGCUGCCAUCAGUCGUUUCGUAGUCUUCCUGAGUUAACAAUGCAUAUGAUGAAAACAAAUCACUACUCUGAAAUAGUAUAUAAUGAUUCUGGUCGAUGCGUUUUUGUUAAUCCCGAUGACAAUAGACGAGGUGGUGGUAGCAGUGGUGGCAGUGGUUCCAGUCAUCUUACUGGAAACUCUAGUAGCGGUAAUCAUAGUGGUAUGUCUCAUAUAGCUGGGAAGUCUGGAAUAUCUCUUACUAACGCUUCUGGAGGGAGAAGAUCACAUAGAAGUAUGAAUAUGAAUUGGUCGAGUAACAGUCAGACUAUUUUACCUAAUGCACGUUUUCCUGUAUGCGAAGAUACUGUUAAACAUCAAAUUAAACCAAAUUUACCUUCGCGUGAAAAGUACGAAGUACAAAAACAAGAAGAUGCAUCAAAACGUUUCAGACAUUCCGACAAUGAACAAAGUCAUCCUAACUCAGAUCAUUUUUCAGCAUCUGUCGAAACCAAAAUAGAAGUGACUGAAGGAAUGGACGAUAAACAACAUACAAAUUCACAAGAAAAUCUUGAUUCAUCAUCAUCAACAAAACUUGCUUCCACUCCACCACCAUCAUCUUGUAAUGAUGAUGAAUUGAACAAUCAGUGUAACAAAUCUGAAAUGCUUGUCGAUAAUUCGCACGAGGUUGCUACGGAACAAAAUACAGAAACAGAAAAUAAUGUUUUACAGCAGAUAGAAUCAUUUGUAGAAAAAAGUCUUCCACAAACAACAGAUAACAACGAUAAUAAUUUAUCUAUUACAACUGAACUCACAGAUCAAAUUAUCAUUCAGUCGAGUUCUCCUAUAUCUGUCAACAAUUUGCUGGAUAAAAAUUCAAUAACCACAACAACAGCGAUGAAUUUAUCACCAAAAUUAAAUCGUAAACGUACUUUCUCUGAAGCUGGUAUUUCUGUAACUGUAGCUGAUGAAAACCCAACCACAGAUAGUGUCGCAUCCAUGGAAACUGCUUCUUACUCCCCAAUUUCUAGUCCUCUAACAGUAGCAGAAGGUGCGUCAACUCAUAAGGAAACUGAUUUUGACUUAGCAGAAAAUAGACGUGCAAUGACAGUCACUUCUAAUUCUCCAAAUACAUCAAAGGUAUCUAGUACAAGUGAAAUGAAUAUGAGUUUCUCUGAAAGUCCCUUAUCUUCACUGCAAAAGUUAGUUGAUACGACACAUAAGCCGAUUAAAUCAACAAACGUAUUGAAUUCAAGUAAUUCAACAAUUUACUCUGGACUAAAUUCAUCUAGUAGUAAUACAUCGAACAGUAACAGAUUUCCUAGAUCUGGAGGCUUAACAGUAACAUCAACGGUGCAUUCACAAUAUUCACCAAAUAAGUCUGGAAUAAAUACAUGUCCUAACUCACCAUAUUCUGUUCACUCUACAACAUCUUCUGGUAAACUACAAGCAAGUCCUUUGUCUCCUUUGGGAGAAAGUGACCAUAUAAUUCCUGCGUUAUCGGCUUUAUAUGCCUAUGUCGAAAGGUCUUCUUCUUCAUCAUCAUCGUCUCACAUUCGUGAUGGCCAAAAUAACUUAAAAGGUGAACUGCCAUCCCCUAACAGUAAUAACAAUAACAACAGUAACAAUGAAUCGACUAAAAGUAAUGCAUCCAUGAGUGAAAGCGAUCGAUUAGAUGACGGAAACCCAAAUACUUCUCAACUUUCACUAAAUCACUUAUCAAAUAAUUCUACAUUUCCGAGUACGUCUACUGCUGUUGAUGUAACUAGGGACCACGGUAAUACAACAAAUACUAGUAGUACAUUACCAUUAUCUCUACAGUCAACAUCACCACCUCAGCUGCCAAUCACACAACAAACAUCUACGCCACAAAACGCCUCCUCACUUACAAUUCCUACUCAUCCCCUGAUACAAGCUAUUUAUGCUGCUGCAAUGUCUAAUUUAGCAGGUCAGUAUUUAAACCCACAAGUAUCAAGUUGUGCAAAAAAUACGAAUUAUAAUGACCCGUUAAAUGCUUUCAAAUAUGCCGCUAUGAAUUUUAAAGAAGCACUUGACUCAUUUGAGCUUGGUACAACAUCAUCAACAACGUCGUCACAGUCCAUCCUGCCACAGACAACAUCGUUAGCUGACAGUGUGCAUGAUGCACAGAAUGCGGAUUUUGCUAAUAAUUGGCUUAACAUGCUCCGUUCUCUAGUUGAAAAUACGGAGAAACUGGAUAGUUGCAACACUGAGUGCAACAGUAAAUUGACCAGUAAUUAUCAUGAUUUUCAAAAUUCUAACAAUAGGAGCAACAAUAAUAAUACUCCUGACAGAUCUGACACACAUCAGUAUAAUGAUUUUGUUCAGCAUUCACCAAAGGCAAAGUCCUCGUCAUCAUCUGUGCAAGAACCAUGUACACUUAAUUCACAACAAAAUAUGUCACUUUCCUUACCAAGUGAGUCAACGCAUUUAAAUUAUCCAUCAUCAAUGAAUUACAGCAGAUCUAACUAUUCGUAUGCAUCGACUUUACCAUCAUCUUCAUCAUCUUUGUCAUCUACGAUGUCAUCACUUAUGAGUACAACUAACGUUUUACAGAAUACUCGGUUAAUAAACAUGCCACCAUCAUUCCAUUCAAUGACAAAUCGUAAUUUAAGUUCAUUCACCACUACUCCUAAUAACAUCAUUAACAUGAGUAGCAGUAGUAAUAAUAAUAAUGCUAGCAAUCUACCCAAUAACAACCUGAUGACAACAAUCACAAAAAAGGCCAAAUGUCAUUUCUGUGGCAAACCAUUUGCAAACAAAGGUCAAGUAAGACUUCAUAUAAGUAAGAACAAAUGUCCAUGUUUGCUUCAACAGUCAUGUCAUGUAGCCGCCUUGGCAGCUGCUUUUGGUUCUAAUAGCAAUAAUAAUAGUAGCGGUAGUAAUAUCCCAAAAGUAUCACAACCGAUUGGGACAUUGAAAUCAAUUCCAAUUAAUUCUCACUUACCUACUGUACCAUGCAAGCGGAGUAAUAACAGCAGUGGCAAUAAUACAAACAUUGAUAAUACCAACCAAAAUUUCACUGAUCCAAUGCAUAACUUUACUUCGAAUUCGCUUAGACCCAUUUCAAAAAAUGACUUAACAAAUGCACCGUCUGCUCUAAGUUUAUUGAAGGAGAGAUUUCAGAACUUUGACGUACAUCAAAAUCCGACUGGUUAUAAUAAUUUUGCUUCAUAUUUGCCUACAAAUGUUACUAAUCCAUUGGAAUUCAAUUUAAACUCAGCGUCAUCAUCUACUACAUCAACAUCAACCAACAAUGCAUUUCUUCAUCCUAACAGGAUUUCCACACCACCACCCCCAUCGUCAAUAUCAAAUGUAUCUUGGUUAGGAACACCAAACAGUGCCGUAUCCUUUUCAUCUUCUCAGAUAAACAAGGAUAAUGAAGUAAUGAAUAAUCCACUUCCAGGAACUGCAUCUGCCGCUGCUGUGAAUGCCGGUCACCUUGCUGCCAUGGCACUUCUAGCACAAACGCUUGUCCAACUUACUACUGCUACUCAGUCAGCCCCAGCAUCCAAUUUAGUCCUACCACCGGUGAUGAGUAGUGUCAAUAAUAGCAGCAUUACCCCAUCAAAGCAAAAUCCUUCAGAAAAUGCGUUUGAUCCUAAUAAUAAUCUGCUACCUUUUCUUGUAACAAAUUUAUCAGCCAAUAAACAGUUUCCUAAUAUAAACUCUUCAGAACAGCCACCCAGUAUGCCUUUCAAUUUCAAUCUAGAAACACUGUUAAACCAAAUGAACAUGGCUAAACAAUUAAACUCAUUUAACUGGCCUGUGAAUAAUCAGCCAAUGAAUCCAGAGGAUAGCCAGUCUUGUAGACAACCUUCACAAUCCCAACAACAACAGCAGCAGCAGCAACAGUCCCCGCAAAUAAAUAGAGCUACACCAUCAACCAAUGGUCUGUCUUAGACAGCAUACUUGAAGAAGCAUAUUUUCAAUCACUCUGUGGACAACCUCUCCUUUAAUUCAUAAAUUUUUAGUCAUCCCACACAGUGAAUAUUUUUCAGGUUCCCCCUUGUAUUCAGUCGAAAGAAGAUAUGUUUAGUGUUAGUAAAAAUACGAUAUGUGACCCAAUUCAUCUUUGUACAUGUUAUUUAUCAGACAGCUGAGACAAUCACUAAAGCAGUUAGUUGCAUAUUUCUUUCACUUUGAUAUUUAUUUUGAGCGCCAUGUCGGACAAUUUAAAAGAAUCGAGCUUUCUCCAAAAUAAUGACAAUAUACAUACUCCUACUGCUUCUAACACUCAGUUCACAACAUUGUAAGUAAUGCCAGUAAUAAUGUUGAUGCUGAUAAUUUUUCUUUUCGAUUACAUAUAUAUAUAUAUAAGUGAUUCUUUUAUAAAAGUUUACUGUCCUGUACAUACCAGUAUUUUGAUCUCUUAACUGCCAGUAUCUGUUGUAACUAGCAUUAUUGCGAAAGUUAUCAUGCCGUCUCAAAUUCUUCUCCUCCUCCAACUAGUAAUUUUGUUAUUAUUUACUCUAUUAAUGCUAUCAACAAUCUAAUAAACGGCAACGCAUUGACAAUCGACAAAAAUUUAUUGUGAUAUUCGGAAACUGCUGAAUAGUUUCUUUCUCAUUCUAAUUCCUGUUUAUUUUGUCUCAUUUCUGAUGUAUUAUGAUGUAUUCUUCUUCCUCCAGUUUCGCCUAGUGAGUUAUUCUCAACUAGAAAAGAAAACGCCCUACCUAGUCGUUUCAUCAUUUUCUCUUUAACAUUUCAAUUAUUCAAAGAGGCAAUUGAUCGUUUUAAUGUAAAUCCUAUUUAUGUAAUCAUCAAUCAGUCAUAAUUUACUCAUUCAAGAUGUUCCAUUGUUCAUUGAUUAAAAGAAACCUUUUUUUUUAAUCUUGCUUAUCAUGACAUUUUCUGCUGUUACUUUUUUGUCAUGUGCAAAAAGAAAUUUGGUCUUCUUUCGAUAUUCUUUUGUUAAGUUAACAGAAACAUAAUUUCCACAACUGAACUCUAUAACUUGCCUUGUUUGUACCAGCUUAAUUGUUUAUUAUUUUUUUUUAAAAAUUUGUUUUAAGCGAUUACUAUUGUCAUCAUUAUCAUUAUCAUUCAGGAUUACUAGGAUGUACAGCAGAAUCACCGGUUAAAAUAUGCUGUCUUUUGCUUUGCUUCUUUCUCUUCGUAUACACUUUUCGUUGUUGUUCUAUUCCACUUUGACUUCCUUUUCCCAUUUAUUUGUACAAAAUAUAUAUAUAUAUAUAUAUAUAU